AUGUCAGCAGCGGACGCCAAAGCCAGGCAGUCAUCGGGGGGCAAGUCGUCAUUCUUCUCGAGAAGCAGCAAGAAAGACAAGAGAAAUGUCAGUGACGAGGGGAGAUAUCUGGGGGGCGAUUUGGAUUCUGGCUCACGAUCAUCACGACAUACACGAGGCUCGUCAGUUGUGUCAAUAGAACGUCCGAAUUCGCCUGGUGCGGAUCAGUCUGGAUUGAACAUGAUGGCCGGGGUGAUUACGUCCAUUCCUUACGACAGCGUGACGGCAGACAGCAAGUCGCCUAUACCGGUGGACUAUCUGCCUCGAGGCGACCAGAUGCCAAUUCGAAGGGAACCUCUGCCACACCAUCUCAAUAAAUCGAACGGAGACUUCCAUCAAUAUCCAUCUUUUGACCCCUCCACAUUAUCCAAUGGCAGUUCGCAUCCAUCUGGGCCCAGACCUCCUCCAGGAGCUUCUAAUAUAACAAUGGCAUCCACAGGAAAUCGCACGACGCAAUUGCAACAAUGGGGGCCGGGAAGAGCAAGCGGGGCAAGCACAAUGAAUGGGCACAAUUCGAGAUAUGACUCCUACUCGACGAAUCAAUCUUACGGCAGAAGUUCCUUCGACCAAUCCAGCGUAGAUGGGAGCACCGAACGCUCAAGCGUUUUCUCUUCUGGAAGCUCUUCUAGGACAGCCAUGCCGACUUCACAUUCCAACAGUUCUUUCAGCAGCACUUUAUCACCCUCACAUCCACGAGAAUCGCACCGCCUCACGAAGCUGCCCCACCAUGGGCAGGGCUAUGGAUCAUCCGCAUCCCUCAGCGACAGCUUCAACCUCACCAAGCCGACCGACGAUAGGAUAAUCGAGGAGCAAUUCCUCGCUUUGAUGCAGAAGCGGGGAUGGCACAAUCUACCAGAGCAAGCGCGCCGGCAGAUGAUGGCAUACCCUGCGGCAAAGAAAUGGACGUUGGUACACCAAGAUCGAUUGACAGAAUGGCAGGGUGAUCAGAAGCGGCGGACUGUGAAUAGACAGACAGGAACAAUUGGUGGUCAAUAUGGCAGAGAAAUGGAAAUGCUCGCCAAUGCCGAGGAGGAGGGAACACCAGAAUGGUUCGUCAAGAAGGUCAUGGACAACAGCAUAUCCGCGAAGCAGCUACAAAGUUUGGCAGUCAGCUUGCGAACACAACCGAUAGGCUGGGUCAAGACUUUUGUAGAAUGUCAGGGUCAGGUAGCGCUCACGAAUGUGCUAGGGAAGAUCAACAGAAGGCAAGCCCAGGGACCGGCACCAGCUGAUGGCUCAACUAGUGACAAAGAUCUCGACCGAGAAUACGAUAUAGUCAAGUGCUUAAAGGCGCUCAUGAACAACAAAUUUGGAGCAGACGAUGCAUUGGCCCACCAGCCUGUCAUUGUUGCUUUAGCAACUUCUCUGAUAUCGCCGAGGUUAACGACAAGGAAGCUUGUCAGUGAAGUUUUGACAUUCUUAUGUCACUGGGCAGAUGGCCAGGGCCACCUCAAGGUUAUCCAGGCUAUGGACUAUGUCAAGGCCCAACAUGGAGAAAAUGGCCGCUUCGAUGCCUGGAUGCGAGUGGUGGAGGUCACAGUCGAUGGCCGAGGGAAGAUGGGAAGCCUUGUUGGAGCUAGUGAAGAAGUCCGAAGUGGUGGCAUUGGAAUGGAGAACCUCCUUAUGGAGUACGCCGUUGCUACGCUCUUCUUGAUCAACAUGAUUAUCGACGCCCCCGAGAGAGACCUUCAGCUCCGAGUUCAUAUCCGAGCUCAAUUUACAGCAUGUGGAAUCAAACGGAUCCUGACGAAGAUGGAAGGUUUCCAGUACGAUGUGAUAGAUAAGCAGAUUGAGCGAUUCCGGGCCAACGAAGCAAUCGACUACGAGGAUCUUCUGGAGCGCGAGAAUAGUAGUAUGAAAGAUAGCUUCGAGGGUGAAGUCAAGGAUCUCAAUGAUCCCGCUCAAAUAGUUGAUGCUAUCAUGCAGAAGGUCCAAGGCAGUAGGACUCAGGACUACUUUGUGUCUGCUAUGCAACAUCUUUUGCUGAUCCCAGACAAUGAUGGAGAAGAGAGACUACGAAUGUUUCAGCUAGUGGAUUCAAUGCUCAGCUAUGUUGCCAUGGACAGACGCCUCCCAGACAUGGAUCUCAAGCAAAGUCUCAACUUUACAGUUCAAAGUCUUCUUGACAAGCUCCACACGGAUUCAGAAGCACGCCAAGCUCUCGAUGAAGCUCUUGAGUCACGCCAGAUUGCCGAUUCGGCAAUGGCUGAGCGUGAUGAGAUGAAAGCUCAAAUCGAGCUUGGAGCCGAUGGUGUGGUUGCAAAACUACAAAGACAGCUAGAAGAGCAGGCCCAAGUCAUCGAAGUACAGAGACGGCAAGCAGAUGCUCUGAAGGCCGAACUUGAAAAUAUCCAAACUGUCAGAGCAAAGGAAGCUCAAAGGAAUGAGCUUGAAACGAGGGAACUCUACCUUAUGCUUCGUGAUGCUCAAGAUAUUGCUGCUUCGAAUGCUGCAAAGGGUGGCAGUGCUGCCUUGAGUGAGAGUGAUCCUUCACAGAUGAAGGGUAUCCUUGACCGAGAGAAACUUAUGGACAGACUUGAAAUGCAAAUUGAGCGUCAAAAGACGCAAUAUAAGCUGGAGGGCCGAGUGUGGGGUGAUGCAGCGGGUCCAUCUGACAGGUUGCGCGCUCUUCGUGAGGAGAUGGAUGGCGGCGAACGACCUCCAGGAGGAAGUACCCCACCAAGAGACUACACGAAUAGCAUGCUUGGCAGCGUUUCGCGACAAACCAGAAUCCCUCGAAAACCUGUCAACUCACAAGAAAUGCUCCUUGAAGAAGGCGAGGAUGAGGAUGAGGAUGAGGAUGGCGCAAUUUACGAGAAGCCUCGUCUUGUUGAGAUGAGACGACCAAAGCAGACUCCUGGAUAUCUGGAAGAGAUGGGUUCCAAAAUCAAACGAUACGAUGCAAGCGAUGACGAAGAUGGUGAUGGAGUUACCACUGGGCCUUCACAUCCAAGCAUUGAAUCAGAUUCGCCGAGGACGCCCAGUGACGAAGGUGCGCCUAAGACUGUUGGCUUCAAUGGAGCACCCCCGCCACCUCCCCCUCCCAUGCCAGGGCAGACGCCUGGAUUCAAUGGACCGCCUCCUCCGCCUCCUCCACCCCCACCUCCUCCCGGAUCUUUGGGAGGCCCGCCACCGCCUCCACCUCCCCCACCAAUGCCAGGCAGCGCUGGCAUGCCUCCUCCACCACCACCUCCUAUGCCGGGCAAGAUGGGUGGAAAUUUCUUGGCUGCUCAGCCAGCUUACAAUGCUGUACCUACCCUUGGAUUACCUGUCGCUAGACCCAAGAAGAAGCUCAAGGCUUUGCAUUGGGAGAAGGUUGAUACUCCUAUGACCACGCAUUGGGCUGCUCAUGCUCCAACACCUGCUGAGAAGGAAGAGAAAUAUGCUGAACUCUCUCGGAAGGGUGUACUCGACGAAGUGGAGAAACUCUUCAUGGCCAAGGAAAUCAAACAGAUUGGCAAAGGUGCAAGCAAGAAGUCGGAGAAGAAGCAGGUCAUCUCAAGCGAUCUCAUGAGAACCUUCCAAAUCUCGCUUGCCAAAUUCUCUACUUAUCCCGUUGAAAAGAUUGUUCAAAUGAUCAUCCACUGUGACAAGGAAGUGUUGGACAACAAUGUCGUUAUGGACUUCCUACAAAAGGAGGAUAUGUGUACAAUUCCUGAGAAUACCGCCAAGUUAAUGGCUCCAUACAGCAAAGAUUGGACUGGACCAGAUGCCAACAAGGAAAACCGCGAACAAGAUCCUUCAGAACUCACUCGAGAAGAUCAAAUAUACCUCCAAACAGCGUAUGAGCUACAUCAUUACUGGAAGUCGAGAAUGCGGGCGCUGGCAUUGACACGAACGUUCGAAGCUGAGUAUGACGAUGUUUCUGGCAAACUGAAGUCCGUUGUUGCCGUAUCAGAAUCCUUACGAGACUCGGUAUCAUUGAUGAAUGUCCUUGGUCUCAUUCUCGAUAUCGGUAACUACAUGAACGACUCGAACAAGCAAGCAAGUGGUUUCAAGCUGAGCUCGCUUGCUCGUCUUGGAAUGGUUAAAGAUGACAAGAACGAGUCAACGUUUGCGGAUCUCGUCGAACGUAUUGUCCGAACCCAGUAUCCAGAGUGGGAGGGUUUCACUGGUGAUAUCGCCGGAGUCAUCACAGCUCAGAAACUCAAUGUGGAGCAGUUACAACAAGAUGCGAAACGCUAUAUCGACAACAUCAAGAACGUCCAGAUGUCUCUUGAUUCUGGUAACCUCAGCGACCCCAAGAAGUUCCAUCCACAAGACCGCGUGAGCCAAGUCGUCCAAAGAUCGAUGAAGGAUGCAAGAAGAAAGGCAGAGCAGAUGCAGCUUUACCUCGACGACAUGGUCCGCACGUACGACGACAUCAUGGUAUUCUACGGCGAAGAUCCCACCGAUGAGAACGCCCGCCGUGACUUCUUCGCCAAACUCGCUAUCUUCGUCACGGAGUGGAAGAAGUCGCGCGAGAAGAAUAUCGAGUUAGAAAAGGUCCGCAAGCGCAAUGAGGCAUCUAUGAAGCGCAAACAUGCUCAGCUAAGAGUAACCGGGUCUUCGGAUGGCAGCGCACCACCCUCCCCUAUCUCCACUGGUGCCAUGGACUCCCUACUUGAGAAACUCAGAGCGGCCGCCCCGCAGACAAGAGACCAAAGAGAUCGCAGACGAAGAGCACGGCUGCAAAAUCGCCACCAAGUCCGUGUAGCCUCGGGCCAGAAGAUCCCUGACCCAGACGAGAUCCCCGAGAUCGAAGAGUCGCUGAAACACCCUGAGUCUAUCUCUUCGGACGGGCUGAUCAGCCCUGAGAUUCAGAUUGGUGACGGUGGUGAUGAUAUCGCAGAACGUGCGGCGUUGCUACUGCAAGGCAUGAGAGGUACGGAUGGCGCGGCGGAUGAUGGGGAGGCGAGCGAGAGGAGGGAUUCCAUGCGGAGGGCUAGGAGGAGGGAUAACGCUGAUGAGGAGCGCAAGACAAGAAGGAGAAGAAGGGAGAAGGCGAGCAGUACGGCAGGGAGUUUAGGUGAUGAAGGAGGCGAGGAGGAAGUCCCUGAUACGCCGAUUAUUGAGGAGCAGGGCGAACAUGAGGAGGAGGGAAAGGUGGUCGUUAGUCCGCCCAGUCCGGAGGGCAGCGAGAAGAGGCCCAUUGAGCUUGAUGAUUAG